AUGGAGGGAGUGAGAGGGGGGAAAAGGGAGUGUUGUACACAGAGGCCUGAACAAACAACCGAGGAUCAGAAAUUCCUCAAACAGUGCGCCGUGGGCCGAAUGUUCUCGCUCCAACAGAGCCGGUAUUUUAAACCUAUUUUCCUUUUCGUUUCAGUGACCAAUAAGAAACCAGCACAGGUUUUCCUCACGAAGGUGAAGCAGUUUGAAGGCUCCUCGUCUUUCGUCAGGAGAUCACAGUGGUCCAUCAGUCAGCUGCGGCAGGUCAACGGCAUCGACUCCGUCCGAGAUUGCCCAGAGUUUGACUUGAUAUUUGAGAACGGAUCCGACCAGUGGACUGCGGGUUCAGCUGGAGAGAAGUGUGUGUUUGUCCAGGUCCUGCAUCACACAUGUCAGCGGUUCAUCCCCGAAAGAAAACCAGAGUUCAUCAACUGCCCCUCCAAACUGCUGGGAGGUAACAGCAUCCUGCACGAGGCAGCAGACAGUGUGAGCAGCGCGGUGCAGAAGGCCAGUCAGGCGCUGAACGAGCGCGGCGAGAGACUGGGACGCGUGGAGGAGAAGACGGGCGAGAUGAUGAACAGCGCCCAGCAUUUUGCCGACACUGCACACAAGCUUGCCAUGAAGCACAAGUGUUAAGCCUUUGCCGUAUUUUUGGAGAAUCUGGUACAAAUUCCUCACCCCUGCUCAACUUCUGCUAUCAGAGAGCGUUACGGGACGUGCAUGAAGUAUCAUAUGAAGGACAGUGUGUAUCAACAUGGCUGUAGCCUUGAAAAGAUCAUGCCUCCUCUACACAUGGAUAGUAUUUGUGGUCAUUGUAAGCUUAAACAAAGCCUUAUUUCUGUGUCCUCACUCUAUGACAGACCUGUAUUAUCAUUUUAAAUUCCUAAAAAAGAUGUAAAAUAGUUCCAAGGUUCAAAAGCCUGCUGAUAGAUUCUAGAUUGUUUUAGCCUAAUGAGUGUUUGAUAAGUGCCAUCAUAAAAGAACUUUAGUGAAAUUUUAAGAAAUAUGUUUUUUUUGUAAAAAUCCAAG